AUGGAAGAUACUGCAAAGAUUAAUCCAAUAAUCCUGGAUCCUAUUCAGGAUGCAAUGGGCACCAUGGGACGCUGGCAAAUAAUAAUAACACUAACGAUUUCUCUAAUAAAUUUCCCUGCAGCAUGGAAUCAGCUCGCGAUUGCCGUAAUCGCACCUGGACAAGAUUUCACGUGUAUAUCUCCAGUGCCAAUUAAUUCCAAUGAUUCAAUGUUUAAAGCUUGCUCUGUUAAAAUAAAUGAGAGUUUGCCAGAAGUUCCAUGCGAUAAAUUUUCUUAUGAUGACAGUGUUUUUAAAUCUACAAUUAUCAGUGAGUGGGAUUUGGUAUGCAGUCGUAAAUAUCUUCAGACUUUGGUUCAACCUAUGACGCAGUUAGGUAUUCUUAUUGGCAAUAUGGUCUUUGGAAUAGUUGCUGAUAAGAUUGGUAGAAAAAAACCUUUGAUGAUUGCAGUAAUAGUUCAAGCAAUAACAGGAAUCAUAACAGCAUGCAUGCCCAUUUUUGAAUUGUUUUUGCUGUUCAAAUUUAUCUCUGCCAUCGCAACAGGUGGAACUAUGCUCAUUAGUUUUGUAAUCGGUAAGUAAAGCUCAUAUUAAAACAAUGAAAAUAAAAUUAACAGAUAUCUGACAGUUGUUAGAAUUUUUUUUAUUAGUAAAAUUAUUACAAAAAAAUCAAAUGAAAAAAUUCCACUUGUAAAUAAUUUGAUAAACUAUACGUGCAAUUUUUUUAAAAUAUUUUUUUUAUUUCUAAUUAAAUUAUUUUAGUCGGCUAAUUUUAGUUUCAUAAAUGACCGUACAAUAAAUUACAACAAAAAUUGAUAAUUUAAUAAAAUUUCAGUGAUGGAAAUUGUUGGCGUUGAAACCCGUUCAAAUAUCCUGACAAUGUUCCACAUUCCUUUUGUGCUAGGAUUUUUGACUGUGCCAUUGUUUUCAUAUUUGACAAGAACUUGGAAUGGUUAUUGGUUCUCGACCACUGUUCCAGCAUUUGCAUUGAUCUCCUAUUACUGGUUAAUCCCAGAGUCUCCACGUUGGUUGUUAGCAGUUGGCAGAGUAGAGCAAGCACGCCAAGUAUUGCUAAAAGCCGCCAAAAUAAACAAAAUAUCUGAAGAAAAAGUCACUGAAGCAAUAGAAGCCCAUGAAAAGUCAUUGUCCAUAGUUACCAAAAAUAUUGACGCUGAUGCCGAACAAAGAACUUAUGGUGUCAUAGAUUUGGUGCGAACACCCAAUAUGAGAAUAAAGACACUGUUCAUCGUCUUCAAUUGGUUGAAAUGCGGCCUGGUAUUUUUUGGCAUUGGACAAUACCUUGGUCACAUGAGCGAAGAUGUAUUAAGUGAUCUUGCUAUUUCAGCUGCUUUUCAACUGCCAGGACUGCUUCUGGUCUACAUUUUAAUUUCCCGAGUAUCUCGUCUGAAAAUUUUAAUCACUGCAAAUGUUCUAUCAGGAAUAAGCUUGCUGCUAAUGAUAGCAUUUUACGACAACGAUACAAUCAAACUGAUUUUAGCAACAAUCGGUAUCACUUGUAUGACUAUCAGCUUUCCUACAAUUUUUUUGUACACCGGAGAACUGUUUCCAACAGUAGUCAGAAAUAUUGGGUUCGGCGUUUGCAGUGUCGCUUCCAAACUCGGCAGCAUUGUUGCGCCGUUUUUGGUUGACUAUAUUGAUGAUCUGGCUUAUUGGGUAGUUCCACUAGUUUUUGGUAUAGGCCCAAUUCUGGGAGCCAUCCUCUGCUACUGGUUACCAGAAACAAUGGAUUGCAAGCUACCAGAGACUAUUGAAGACGGUGAAAAUUUCAAAAAAAACUCACGAAAAACUUCUGUUAAGAAUCCGAGUUAA